AUGGCUGCGAUACCAGACGUUGAAGGCCUUUCAGAAUGCAUCAGCCGAGCUAUACAAGAGCACCUCGCCAAGUCCAACAUCAAUGUUGCGUGGCCACAACUGGAUAAUCUUAACCACCCUAUCCUUCGCGUUGAGGCUUUCCUCGAGGAAGCUGGCAACGACAAUGGAGCAAGAGCGCGGUCCGAGAGGAUAGCAUCGGAAAACCGCAGGAAAGGUACCGGCGGAUUAAGAGUAUCUCAAAAGCAGUCUUCAUUUCAGGAGGAUCUUAGCGAACAUCAGCGGCAAAUGCAGAUUGAUAGCCGAAGUUUUCCGAAAAGAAAAAAGGUUACCUCGGAUAAAUUCGUCUUUCAACCUUCUACUCUAGACAAGCUCAUCAUUGGUAUUUGGGAGCAGGUUCAUGGCUCUAUCAAUCUAGAUCCAAAAGCAAUUUUUGAACAAUUUCAAGUUGCACCCAAUGGGUCAUCAAUGGACAUUGUUCGACAUGCGCAACCAGAUACCACACCUGCCACGAUGACGGUGCUUAAUAGUGCAGCAAGCACAGUGUGUGACUCGUUCAGUCAAAUGAACACAUUUUGCCGCAAGGUUACGCAAGCGAGCCGCGUAUGCCGGUCGAUUGAGAUGAUUGUACAAGCCCGGUGGACUGAGCUUUUUGAAGAGCAGGUGCAAUAUCGUAGUCAAACGAGACCAGAGCUAUCGCCCACAAAACAUAGAAAGGCCGUUUUCAUGGAGGCAUGUCAAGAUUUUGCCUGGUCCGAAAAGGAAUUGCGAAACAAGAUGGCAAUCUGGAGAGGUUACAAAGAAGUGAAAGAUGCUGCAGGCUGGGCAGCACUUGUGUUUGCCGGUAUGGGUAUCUACCGUUUCUGCAAGUACCGCGUCGGAUUCGACAACGACGCUAUGCGACGUCUUCGAAAUAUGCGAAAGCGACUGGAAGUAGCAGCCGAUACUCUUCAUCCGCAUUGGCGGCAGUUGCUCGCAAUUGUGGGCGAGUCAUCAACCCUUCAAUAUCCUGGACAUCCGCACGAAUGGGUCGUGUUCGAAGACGGGUCUGAUCCGAUACCCUUACGCCAGACAUAUUUGACCCAAGACCCAUACUUUUCAUUUGAACAAAUUGAUGAAUCCGUGAUCGAUGAAUCCGUCUGGGGAUGUGAAGAUCCAAGGUGGACGCCACAAGCGAACGUUAUCGCAAGACCAGGCGGUGCGUACGUGUGCGCACUGUGCAACGAGCACCAAUCGGACGAUCCAAAGGAAAACUCUUGUUUCUGCUUCCCAUUGCUAUUUGGGUGUGUGAAACGCAAGCCGCCACCUGUUCAGGUAUACCGCACUCCGGAUGGCAAGAACAACGGGCUAGUCGCUUUGACGUCUUUCGAUCGCGGUACCGGCGUUGGCGAACUUGUUGGCCUGAUCACAAAAGGUAUGAGGCAUCUUGAUGUGAUAGAUAGCUCAACAGAAUCAACGAGCUACCAAAUCUGGCAAGGAAGAGUGGGAAACUAUACGCGCUUUAUCAAUCAUAGCUGCAAGCCUAACGCGCAGUGCUCGACAUUUACCUGGCUGGAUACCCAAAGGGUGGUACUUGUCAGUAAGGGAAUUGAAGCUGGUUCAGAAAUCACUCUGGACUAUGGCGACAAGUACUGGGCUGGAUUGGACAACGACUACAGUGAUUCCGGUGCGUCCGAUCAAGAGAUAUUGGAGGCCCAGUCUGGGGCGAGAAAAAGGAGGAGACUUUCCCCUGUCGAUGGUGAUGAAAGUUCUGCUUCAGAGAUUGAAGCUCAACCCGCCCCGAAGCCACUCCAAGUAGCACCAGCAACUGUUUCGCGCGUCAAAGCGAGGACCAACGGCGCGCAAAGUAACAGCACGUCUUCUCAAGCUGCCAAUGUUCCUGUGGUCAGCCAAAAGCUCAGUUUUGCUUCACUCAAUGUAGCGCCAUGGCUCGUUGCCUCGCUCGCCAGCAUGGCGAUUAAACGACCAACGGGGAUUCAAGCAUCUUGUAUCCCCGAGAUCUUGAAAGGAAAAGACUGUAUAGGAGGCUCAAGAACUGGUACUGGUAAAACCAUCGCGUUUUCAGUGCCCAUUCUGCAGAAAUGGGCAGAGGAUCCAAGCGGAAUCUUUGCAGUAAUCAUCACACCCACACGCGAACUUGCGAUCCAGAUCUAUGAGCAAGUGAAGGCCAUCUCGGCCCCUCAGUCUAUGAAGCCAAUCCUGAUUACAGGAGGCUCAGACCAACGCGCUCAAGCUAUCGAGCUUGCCUCGCGCCCCCACGUCGUGAUUGCAACACCAGGUCGACUCGCAGAGCACAUCCGAACGUCGGGUGAAGACACCAUCUGCGGGUUGCGGCGUGUGCGAUUUGUUGUCUUUGAUGAAGCCGAUCGUCUGCUUGCUCCAGGAAAAGGCUCCAUGCUCCCCGAUCUCGAAACAUGCUUAUCCGUGCUUCCGCCCAAAGAAACCCGACAAACGCUCUUAUUCACUGCAACCGUAACACCAGAAGUUCUGGCUCUCAAAGAUCAACCGCGCGCUCCGGGCCGACUACCAAUUUUCGUCUCAGAAGUAGAUACAGAGGAACUAGCGAUUCCCCCGCGUCUCCAGCAACGGUACCUCCAGACGCCCGUCACGCACAAGGAAUGCUACCUCUAUGUGCUUCUCAAUACACCAGUCAAUAGCGAGAAAAGCGUCAUCAUCUUCUGCAAUCGGACCAAGACUGCUACUUUGCUCGAGUACAUGCUUCGCUUGCUUGACCACCGCGUCACGGCCCUACAUUCGGGUCUCAAGCAAUCCGAUCGUGUGAACAAUCUAGCGCGAUUCCGUGCCCAAGCAGCUCGGAUCCUGGUAGCCACCGACGUCGCUGCCCGUGGUCUUGAUAUCCCAGAAGUAGCGCUUGUCAUCAAUUUCGACGUGCCACGUGAUCCGGAUGACUACAUCCAUCGUGUUGGUCGUACGGCGCGUGCGGGUCGUGUGGGUACGGCCAUUACGUUGAUUGGACAGAGAGAUGUGGAGCUUGUGCUGGCGAUUGAAGCGCGAGUAGGCAAGAAGAUGGAAGAGUUUGAAGAGGAGGGUGUAAGUGUUGAGGGUAGAGUUGUUAGAGAUGCAUUGAAGCCGGUGACGGAGAAGAAGAGGGAGGCCAUGUUGAGUAUUGAAGAGGGGAGGGAUGUGCUGGGCAAAAGAAAGGUGGGCAUGCAGAAGAGGAGGGCUGAGUGAUUUGGCUGUAAAGUUUCUUAUGGUUUCAUUUGGUCAUAUACUGCUUUCUACAUAUGUUUUCCGGGGUGCAUACAUGAAAAGGAGAGAAUACUGAACUUCAACAC